AUGUUUCCAGGUACUCAUAUAUGCCUGGACACCUAUCUGCAAUGGGUCACUGAAGUGAAGUUUAUCUUAUCAACCGAUUUGACACAGAAUAUGCCGCUCACUUGCUGUGGGAACGGAUAUAUGCAACGAAAAAUCAAUUUAGAGAAUUACCACUUACUUUUGUCGCCACUGCAUGCAAUUCGAUUCUGCAUAUUCGCUAAAAAAAUAUUUCAGUAUCGGAUUUCAUCGGUUCACGUUAGUAGGAUCCGGUCGGUACCCACUGUCGGAUUUUAUCGGAUCAAGUUAAUUGGAUCCGAUAGGAUCCGAAAAGCCGUCGGAACCCAAUACGAUUCCGUUCCCCGGCACCCGAUCAAAUCCUGUAGGAAUUCGCAGGAUCCGACUCUAGGAUUGAUUGACCUGGGAAUUGCUCAAAUACGUUGUCAACGACGUGUUUUAAUCAAAGAUGACAUGUUUCAUCGUCUAAGUAAUGUUCAACUACUGAUUCAAUAUAACUUAAUGGAUAAAUUGAUUAAAUUACUUGAAGAGAAUGAUCAAGACAAAAUAUGGGAAGUACCUGAAAAGGUAAAAGAAAGUCUUCGCUUUCUUGAAAAAGUGGACAACGAUCCUGAUAGUGAAGAUGACGACAACGACGACGAUGAUGAGGAUGACGAAGACGAAGAAGAGCAAGAUAAGAAUAAUUCGAAUAUGUCAAUAACGAAUGCUCAGCUAAAUAAUGCAACUAAAACAAAUGAUGUAUCAACACAAAGUGGUUCUCUUCAUUAG